GCUCACUGAAACCGCGACCAUCAUGUCCUGGCUAAGACCAUCCUCACGGCUCCCCUCCCUACUCUUUAUUUUCUUAUUUUUUCUGUCAUAUGCACUGUCAGCACAUGCGAUCUUAGGUCACAAAUGGGAGGCUACCAACUUCUGCAAGUGCAUAUGUUUUGGUUCGAAUUACACCAUCCUGCACAUGCAGAUACCUGACAACCCGAGCAAACCUUGUCUAUCAUGCACGAAGCAAUGGUGUCUGAACCAGAACCUGCCGAUAUGUGCGGGCGCAUCUCCAGGAGAUGCUGACCCAGAUACUGCAACGGGAAAGGAAGGGGAUGUAGAGGCGAGAUGUUUCCAGCGAGAUUCACCUCGAGACCAACUUGUGGUGACCCUAUUUUUGCUCACUGUAUUCGGUCUAUUGCUUGGGGCAGGAAUCAAAAACAGGAUGAUCAAGGCUGGCUUCGACACGAGCAUACCCUGGAACACCGGCAGACGGUGGUGGGAGGCUUGGGUACCCCGUCGAGAGGAGGACAUAUCACUUGGGGUUAGAGUCCCUAGCCGUCCCACUGAUCGAGCCAGACGAGAUGAAUACAUGAAUAUCCCAAGCUCUCCGCUUCCGCAGUAGUCAUUUGCAGGUGCAUAAUCUGGGGAUGUUCUGCCUCUCGCCUUACUGGUAUUGUACUAUUUUAGUUUAGCAUCUACUGUAGCACUCUUUGAUUAUUUCGCUCAAUUCGCUAUGGCAUCUAUGUUCGUUGAAGCCAGCCUUAACCAGGACAGGCUGUGCUGGUGAAGCGUCAGCGAUGGUUUGUCAUUUGAUUAUGCCCAGUCUUGGCAAACCUGUCGAGCACUAAUGUCAGCAUCACUAUGUUUCUCUACU